AUGGGCCGCGUGUUUUGCCGAGACAGCUUGGGUGACGGCGAUGCUUAUGAUUGCACGAAGAAGGUUGACCAGGUGGAUGUGUUCAUCAGCCACUCAUGGAGUGCUGGGCGCUGGGGCAAGACCUUAGCGGUGUGCUUCCAUCUGAAUGGAUGUGUUGCAGUGAAAUCCGCUUUGGCUGCAGCAGCUGCUGGGCCUUUGUGCCUCGCAGCUACUGGCGAUGUUAACAACCUCGUGAGCGACCCCUACCUCUUCCUCUUGGCAGUGGACUUGCCAGUGCUGGUAUUCUUUCUCAGCUUCUUCUUCGCUCAUGUGUGCAGCUGCCGAUGCGCUUCGCCAACUAUGUGGAUCGAUUCGUUGUGCAUCCCACAGACGAGCGAGGCUGUGAAACAGGAGGCAAUCUCAAUGCUUCCUGCAUUUGUAAAGUGCUCAUCGGAGAUGCUCAUCUUGUGGGACAACACCUACUGCGAUCGCUUGUGGUGUUGCAUGGAGAUGUCCUUAUUCCUGAAGAAGGGUGACCUCUCCAAGCUUCAUAUUGUACCUGUGUGGCUAGCGCCAUGGCUUCUUUGUACGAUGUUCCUGGAUUGGCUCUGCACGCGGCUCACAUUGCCUCUAGUCUUUUUUCUCUACACCGGCGGACAGGACGGAGAUCAGGCAUCUGUUUCCCGUUGGGGCGUUCUUGCAGCGUUUCUACAGCUCUGGGGUCUCUUUCUAGUUGCAUACCUACCGGCACUUCUUCCAGCACUUGUAUCCUUCGUCGCAAAGAUCGAGCAGCACCAAGCCAUGCUGAAGCAGUUGCAGGCUUUUGACAUUCGUUGUGCCAAGUGCAGCGUUGAGGAGGAUCGCACCGUGCUGGAGGGCAUCGUUGCCCGGGUGUAUGAUGGGAUCGACGACGCCCCGAUCAGUGUGGCUUUCAGUGCAGAUGAGUUCCCGACGUCCUUCACUGACCCUGCAUCUCUUCUUUUGCCCGGGGAGGCAGAAGUCCUCCGAGAUGAUGCAGUCCGGAGAGUCACAAGCUAUCCCGACUUUGAGGAGUGCCUGGAGAUCUUCAAUGAGCAGGUGCGACACCAACUUCUCAGCGAACUGAGGAGAGAUAUGGGAGAGGUGACUCACCUCCCGCUGAAGAUGUGCAUGCUGGCUAUGCUCCCUACGUUUCUCUUCUCGAUUGCAACGACCUUCUUGGCGUGUGAUGGGCUGCCCUGCGAUGUUGCUCCAAAAGAACAAGGCUUCCAGUCUCGACUGCAAAUGUGGACUUAUGAUGCCUUGGGCCUAUGCCUGAUCACAUGGCCUGGCUUUCAGAGCAUGUUCCCCCUAUUGUUGAGAGUUCUGGGGUCGGCGUUGUCGAGUGAGGCCGGGUUUCAGCCCCUCAAUGCGGGCUCUUGCGUCAUGGUUUGGCUGAGUGGCUUGGGUCUCUACAUGUACCUCUUUCUCCUGAUGGGUCUCGCAAACGCCCUUCUGAUGAUCACCGUGACAAGACCGCCAUCUUUACCGUGGUUGGCUGGGUUUGGUGCCACCGCGCCUGGGUCCGUUUCAGGGAUUUCCCUCUUAUGCCUCUUCUGGAGUUUAAGGGUUACGGUUUCAGGAUUGAGGGCUCAGGCGUAG